AUGAAAGAAGAUCGAGACUUGGGGAAAAAAGCGCUGGUUCUACGUCGCAGUGAUCCAAACGUUAUCGACUCGAUUGUAGCGGGAGAGUUACCGUGGGGUUCAUUGAAAUUGGUGCCAGCAAGCAGCGUUGAUUAUACAGUUCCCCCAGGACAUUUUGCUGUGAAGUCGUUAUUGCAGGAAUUAUUUUCUGUUUUUGAUCGUAAAAUCAAUUUUGUCGAAGAUAGUGACGGGGAACGUAAUGUUAGCCGAACCAUUCAACUCGUAGAUGAUAGCUAUGUGGAAAAUCUUCUACGAGUAUUAAAUACGCUGUGUGAACAUUGCCUACCUUCUGUUCUUUCGACAUUGAUUCACUGGUAUGAAAGAUGGUUAAAAAGUUUUAAAGAGAUCAGUGAGAAAACUACGAAAUCAGAUGAACAACGUUUAACAAUCAACUAUUUGUUUUGCACCGUAUUAAUUGAAAUUUUGCCACAACUACACUUUUUUCCAACAGUUUGCGAGAAUUCUGUUUCAUAUAUUGUGGCUUUGGCGUUUGAAGAAGUUGCAUAUUGUGAACCAUCGGUGUAUGGCCCAAAUUACAAUAAUUACUUGUUAGUUGCCGAACGUUAUGCAGAAGUUCUUGGUGUUUUAUCUCAAACACAUGCCGUUUUAAUACAGCAAAAAUUUCUUAGCAUAUUAGAUGAAUUGCGAAAAGAAAAUCCAAUGACACCAUUUGGUAUGAACUGUAUAAUCGCACUAUUAAUGGCUAUGAAGUGCUAUAGAAUAAAGACCAGUGAUGUAGAUGAGUUCGAAGUUGGCAUACGUUUUUUGAAUGAACUUGGACAGUACUAUUUGGAUAUCAAGCAAAAAGACAUUAAGCAUGCUGUUGCCGGUUUAUUAGUCGAAAUACUACUUCCAGUCGCUGCUCAAAUCAAGACAGAGGCCAACAUACCAGCUGUGAUAUCAUUUGUUGACAAGCUGUAUGCACCUACUUUGGAACUCGUGAAUAAAAAGCGCGACAAAAUGGCAGCAUACCCGUUAUUAACUUGCCUACUAUGUAUUAGUCAAAGCAAAUUUUUUCUAAUGAAUUGGGCUCAGUUUUUGAACUCUACUUUGGCGAGCUUGAAAAAUAAAGAUCCGAAGGUAUCGAGAAUUGCUCUAGAAUCUCUGUAUCGCCUUCUCUGGGUAUACGUAAUACGUAACAAUUGCGAAGGUAAUACUGCAACACGUAAUCGACUUGAGUCCAUUUGCAAUUCAUUAUUUCCUAAAGGUAAUCGAGCAGUUGUGCCUCGUGAUGCCCCACUUAAUAUUUUCGUUAAAAUCAUUCAUUUCAUCGCACAGCAAAAGCUUGACUUCGCAUUCAAAGAAAUAAUAUUUGAUUUACUGGGUUGUAAUCGAGCACAUAGCCUAUUAAAAAGUUCAAUUUAUCCUGAGCGUAUGAACAUUGGUGUACGGGCUUUAAUGGUCAUUGCAAAUAGUUUGCAGCAGAAAGAAGGACCACCUGAUAUGCCACCUUCGAUAACUGUAAGUUCAUCACAACGAUUAAAAAAAACAUACAUAUCUCGUCCUUUAACACCAGAAAUUGCUCGAUCUAUAGGCAUUGAGUUAUAUUAUUCACCAUGUAGACGAGCUUUUGAUGCAAUUCUCAGAGCUCUUGACUCACAAGUAGGGAAGCCAUUAAUGAUGACGGCUGCUCAUACUCGAGGAAAGGAACCGGAAGAACUUUUAACAGGUGAUGUUAAGCCGAAAUUAGAUUUAUAUCGGACGUGUAUCGCUGCAAUUCCCCGUCUUCUUCCUGACUCAAUGGCUCAUUCUGAACUUGUGGAAUUAUUAGUGCGAAUGAACGUUCAUAUUGAUGAAGAACUACAAGUACACGCCGCACAAACGCUACAAACACUUAUGAGUGAAUGUGCAGAGUGGCGUGAAGAUAUUAUUCACUCUUUUCUCAAUUACAUGACUCAUCAGUUUUCUGACACAUAUCCGCUUUUAUUAGAUUCGUUUUUACGACUUUUGUAUCAGCUAUUAUUUACCUGGAAAACAGCAGCGAAUAUGGAAAAGAAACGGGAAGUCGAUGGUAAUUUUGAUCGGGACAGCAGUUUUUCAAAUCCGUUAAGAAUGCAGAUAUCACCCAUGUUGACCAAUUCAGUUGCCAUCGCUCUACAUGCAGUAGAAGGUUUUGCUCUUGCUAUGAUGUGCCAGCAUAGAACUCAGUCCAGGAAGCUAGCAAUAAAUAUUUUGAAAGAGGUGCGACAUUUGCUAACGCUUGUUACAUCACAGCAGCAUGAUACUCCCGUUAUCGAAGUAUUAGAUAAUGCGACAUCAUAUGUAGUCAAUAAAUACAUCGAGCAUGUACCAUUGUGUGAAAGGCAGUCAUGGAAUCAUGAUUUUUCAUCAGCGUCAGAUAAAAUAGCAUCGAUUGAAACAGACAGUUGCUUGGUUAACAGUGAUAAGGGUAAUGAAUAUUUCCGAUGGGAUGCCUGGGCUUCAGCACUUUCUGGUUAUUGUGAACAUCGUUUCCUUUUAACUCAGUGUCCGACAGCUGUUUUCUAUGCUUGGCCAGUUGUACAAAUUCGAUUGAACGCAUGCGCUAAUUUUGUAGAUCCCAAUAAUCCACAAAAUGAGAAUCGGGCAUCGCUAUUACGAACAUCUAAAAGCAAGGCAACAGCCUCACCAUUAUGUGGCGAGUCUCUGGAUCAGGAUAGUUAUUUGUCAUUGUGGCAGAAAUACUUGGUAAUGGCUUGUGCGUUGACGCCGCCUCAUAAUGAUUAUGGGACCAGUUAUAGUAGAGGGUUUUCACCCACUUCAUCAAUAGAUAACGAUGUUUUUCGCUCACUUGCAUCAUCUGUACGCGCCCCACGAACCUCUGCUGUUAUCAAUGCUACAUUUUUUCAAAAAGCUGUAGCUAUGUUACGAUGGGAACAUAUGACUGACAUGCGUGAUAGUGUUGUAUUGGGUGUUGGUUCAACAAAUCCUGUAGCAUUUGAAGCUCUUCUCGAUGAAAUGAAAGGAAUACUGCGAGAAGUAAUGGAUAGGAAAACAGAUAACAACGCACGUAGAAAAAAGCGAAAAGACUUGUUACGAUUACAAAUUAUAAGGAUUCUUCAGGUUUCUGUAUUUCGAGGAGUCCUUCAAUGUUCUGGUUGCAUUGACGUUGAAAGCGGUCUUUGUUCCGUUCUUGUUGAGUUUUUUGAUUCAAUGCGUCAAAGUUUAGAAUCUGAUCAGGAUCGCGAUGUGUUGUUGCUAACGAACUUAAGAUUGCAUUUUGCUAAAACUGUGGCCAUGAUAAUAAACAGUAUUGCUCCUGAUAAGCGUCGGAACUUGUUGGGAAAUAACUUGAAGCAAAACUUAUUUUUCUUAUUCACCUCAUGGUGUAGCAGAAGCAUAGCUUCAUCUGAUAAAAGACGUGAUGGAGAUAUUGGAACUUACGUUGAACAACGUGCAGUUGAAGCUAUGUGUGCUUUAUUAUGUUGCGGGCCAAUAUUUGAACCAAUUAAAGCUAUUGGAGAAGACGGUUAUUUGUAUGGAUGGCUUGAAGCUUUACUCGAUUCAAAUAAUCCAGUGCUUGAGAAAUUAGUAGAAUCAACUUUAUGUACAAUGCUUGAUUUGAAUGAUGAAACAUCACAACUUUUGGAAUGGACAAUCAAUGUGUGUUACUCUAAACCCCCAUUUGUUGCUGCGAAAAGUUUUCAUUCAUUGGUAAUGCUUUUUUCUAGAAGAGAAUACCCUUGUGAGUUCGAUUCGUUAUUCGUCUUGUGUCAAAUGUUAAUAGCUGAUAGCGAUACACGUGUUUCUGAGCCAGCAGUGGAGUUGCUUCAUCUUCUCCGUCGACAGUUUCUUGAUGAUUCACUUACUGUGCCUAAUCUCACUAAUUUCUGUAAUUUUUCUUCAAGCCAAAUUGAAAUUUGUCGUUUAUUGGCAAAAACGUAUCCAAAAAUAACCAUGUCUGUUUUUUCAGAAGUUUGUUUUCGUGUUGAAAAUGGUAAAUGCAAUAGGCGAAUAGCAAUAUUGUCUUUGCUUACCGCUUGGUUAGAAAAUAUUCAGUUUGUGGAUCCUCAUGUGAAUCAUGAAAGUAAUAUGAAGGACAGUGGUGGGAUGAAGGCAGGAUGGGGUUCAGCUGAAGCGACCCAACUUAUAUUGAACAAUCUUCUUUAUAUAACUGUAAUAUUAUCUGCCGAACAUACGAAAGAAAUUUCACUACUUUGGAAUGCACUCGCUACUUCGCAUCCUGGAAAUUUGCGUAUAAUUGUCAAUUAUUUAUUUGUGAUGGUAUCACUAUCACCAGAUAUAUUGCUGCCUCACACAAAACGUGUAUGUUGUAUGUUAAUGGAAUCAAGUGCAUAUAAUUUGCUAAAAAUUUUGAUGGAUCACAUGGAUUAUGUGAAUGAGCAGUUCAAGCCAGAUUUGGAGCGUUGUGAGAUGCCACCAUUUUAUCGGCUUCAAAAAAAUGUAGGAGCAGGAGAUGAAAAGCGCUCAGAUUCAGACUUGAGUAACUCUAAAGAAGAAUCUGAUACCUCUGUCGUAGAAUUGGUGCCAAUUAGUCCAGUAAAGAUCACUGCAGUAGAGGAUACUACUAGUUUGAUUCAAGACUUACCAAUGCCUGCAUAUGGAGGGCACUAUUCUAUGUUAUCAUCUUUUCUACCUCCUACUACCCAACCUGUACUAUUAUUCACCAGAAGUAAUUUAUCAUUGCUCCAUAUCAGUGAUUUGCUUCGGUGUACUUCGUCGAUACAGUGGUGUGAUUACUUACCACUCUUGUUACAUAUCGCUGUUCUGGGACUAGAUUCAUUGCGACCACCGAUAUGUCAUCAUGCAAGGCAGACUAUCAUCAAUAUUGUCUUACUGCAUGCUGGAGAAAUGGUUUCAGCAUCUCAAAUAUCAAAUAUUUUACUUAACAAUCAGAUAAAUAUAGUGGAUCAAGUAGCUACUAUAUCAAGUACUGAUGAUAGUCGUACAGACAUACCUCGAGGUGACACACCCACUUUUUCGAGAAUGAAGUGCAUCGAGUAUGAACAGAUGCUGCUCAAUAGUAAUUCGUCUUUCAGCGCAUCGGAUUUGGUUCAAGCAAUUAUAUGUUGUUUGUCGGAAAAGAUGGAUAAGCCUGUUUGGGCUAAUGAAGACGUAACACCACGACAGUGGCGAAUUGAAAGUGCAUUACAACUUGGAAAUAUGGUUAAUCAUCUAACGGAACUUUUGGUUGAGACUAUUCCAGGUUUAGCAACGACUUGGUUCCAGCUAGCAAUGGGAAUGGCAUUGUCAAUAUCAAACCGGCAUAUUGCGGGUCGUUGCUUCCAGAUAAGCUCAGCUCUCUGUCAGUCACUGGCACCAUGGAUCCCAAAUAUUUUGUCACGUUUGGCAGAAACUGUUUGUGAACAGCAUGAAGAUACUCAGUCAUACGUAACAGAUAUAAUGCUUUGUCUCCAAACGGCUGCAUCUCAUUUGACUAUGAUGUCUCAGCCAUCAAAAAUUUCACAGUCACCCACUCAUGCACGCUCCACGUCAUAUACUCCCGCGGUAUUACGACAGACGGCAAAUGUAGCUGCUGCUCCUUUGUCAACUCGUGAAUAUGCUCGACAUUCAGUUUUGGUAUGUGGUGACCGUGAAAUUUUGUCAGGUUUAAGUCGCAGUAAAAGUACAACAGCUUUGAAAAGUGAGGAUAUGGUUGUUGGAGAAGAAGAUUUCUCCACUCUUUCUCGACUACUACUUAUAGCUGUGGCAAUGCUUGAAUCCAAUUCAGAUAACGAAUAUUUACUUGCUCUUCAUUUAUUAGAUAAGAUAUUUGAUGCAACAACUUUUGAUAAGUCGUUAUGCUUACAACGUUUAUCAAAGACAGUUUCACAGUUGGACUGGAAAAAUUUCAAUGGUAUUAUUGGCCUUAUUAUGAAAGGAACAACGAUACAAGCAAGCUAUGAAUUAUCAUUAUCAUUACUGUUAAAGUGUUUGGAAGUAAUAGACGAACCAGCUAUGGGACCGUGUAGUUUAAUAUCAUUACUAAUUACUUCAUCCAUGCCAUUACUUAUGCUUAAUUUUGAGAUACCAACAUCACUCUGCGUAUCGAUCACUAAAAAAUUGAAUGAAUUUCUGUCAGAGCGAAUAACCGAGACAGAAGAACAAUCGCUCGAUAAUCCUUUGUCACAUUUAUCAGCCAUGAUGUACAAAUAUGCGGAGCGUUGUUUUCCGCGUGAUCGUUUCCAGUGGGCAAAAUGUGUUUUCAAAUAUAUGCACGAUGGCUUAGUACAAGAUCAUACUUUACCUUUCAUUCUUCUGGCCGAGAUGCUGGAAAGAAGUGUAGCAUCAAUGCAUCCGUAUAUACUUCACUGCAUUUACCUUUUGGCUGGUACUGGGGAUAUAUCACAGUGUUCACCUUUAUCUCUCAAUGCUCAAGUCAUACGAGUAGUAUCCAAGCAUGUACAGGGACCAAACUGGAAAGAAGCUUCGAAGAUUUUAAAGGCUUUUGUGCAUUAUGACAGUAUUGCUAUCGAUGGCCAUAUUUCGGAUGAACCAGAAGCAGAUGAGGUUGCGCGACCAGAAGGGCUUCAGUUGGAAGUCCCUCUUCGAGGUGUGUUAUCUUCAGUAGCGCACAGAAGUAUACCCGAAACAUCAUCACUUCGUAAACAAACCAAAGUAAAGGAACGUUUGAUCAGUUUACUGAAUGCUUCGGGACUUCGUAUUGGCUUACCAAAAAGUACUUCUAUAAUUUUUUCGCAGUCUUUGCAUGAUGUUUCAUGUAAACCAACAAAUUCUAAUUCCACUUCAACAGAAAAAAUAUCACUCUCACAUGCUGGGGAUGUUGAAUCGGCUUCGUCACUUGUAGCAGAUCCGUCGGUUACUGAUUCUUUUCCUCGAGUAUUCCGAGAAUUCGAUUUUCUGGAAACAGAGCAUGAUACGUUAUCGGAAUCAACAGAAUCUUGUUUCAAUUGGCUUUCAACAAUGCGUCCACGCUCUAUAAGCAAAGUUGAUAUUGAUGUUGAGGAGCAGUAUCAAGAUGAUGAGUGCACCGAAAUAGUGGAAAACCUUCGUCCAAGCUCAGCAGCUUCUGAUUCACUCGAAGUGUCAAGUGAACGGACACCGCUUCAGUCAGGAGCUCGUAGCGAAACAGUUUCUGAAGACGAAAGUUGCGACGAAGAAUUAGAAGAGGAUGAAUUUGUGGUUGAUGACGAGAAACUUCGUGUAGCUGAUGUAUCGUCUUUGGCAGAAUCUAUACGUUGUAGCCAUUCAGCUGUUUCAGAGAAAUCUCCAGCAGCACCAUUACUUCCAUUGUUUUUACAAUGUAUUCAUCACGCCUCAGCUCAAGGUGAACAUCAGUGGCUUUCAAGCUUCAUGGACAUGAGUGCUGAUGAAACUGGCAAUCUGACAGCGCACGUAACUUUACUUUUCAGUCAGUUAUAUCGCGAGUGUUGCUUGAAACUAUCUGUUAUAUUACGGGACGCAUCUCAAGUACUUUCGUUAUCACAUCGGGAUAUUUCUGCUCAGUUCAGCGAUGCGUUGGAUCUCGUGCUAAAAAUAUCUGAUUGUCCAUUUCUGUUCGUUACUGCGCAACAUCUACGUAUUAGUGAAACAUUGUCGGAGCAGAAAUGCGUUUUACUAGAACUGCAUGAGCAUUACGAGACAUUCGUGGAACGGAAAGAGCAAUGCAUUCGAGCUUUGAAUGCAAUAAAAGCGACAAUGAAAUUAGCUUUAAUUGGUGGAUCAUCAUCAUCAGUUAGUUCAAAUCAGUACUUGGAAUUAUGCCGAUCUGUGCAUAAGUUAUUUUUCCAGCUCUUAUUAAUCACUGAUAAAUUUGAUUCUAUGAUAAAAGGUAUUGCGAAUGCUUCUGAUGUUAAGGAUACUGAUAUGUCUUCCGAAGUGUUAUGCUUGCAUCGGUGUUUACUGGCGAGUAUUCCAGAUUCGGUUCACAACAUGGAAAAAAGUAUUUCUAGUGUUACUCUAGAAUCUAAUAUGGAUACUUUACUAGUAUUACUACAAAAAAAACAGUACAAAAAUGCUCUACACAUACUUCGGCAACUCAGGAAGGAAUAUGGUUUUUUGGUUUUGAGAUGUGGAAGCAGUAGAAGUUUCUAUUAG